AUCGCCUCUCGUGCUCUGCCCUGCUCUGCUCUGCGCUGCUCGUGUGGUGUGUUGGUGCGAGGCGUCGAGGGUUUGCGCGUUUCGGAUUGCGAGGGCGGGGCCGUGCCCGGGAGAGAGAGAGAGCUUAGAGGAAGCGGGGUCGGAUCUGAUUGGAAGUGGGUCGAGAGCGAGGCGUGCAGGUGGAGGGUGGAGCGAGGCGCAGGGAGAAUUGGGGAGGGGGUGGAUUGUUCGAGGGCCAGGAGUUCGAUCGGGCUGGCCCGAUCUCUCUUCCCAACGCCGGAGUUUUGUGCAGGCACUAUGUGUGUCCCGGGGCCCGGAAUCGGCUGCUUUGCUCAACGAUCUGUCGUCCUGGCUGCUUUCGUCUCGCCGUAGGUUGAUUUCUUGUGUCAUUGGAGAAUCACAUCGAAGCAGGCGAAGAAGCGAAGCACUGCCUUCUGCGCCGACUGGUCGUCGAGGUUGGAGCGAGCGAGCGAGCGAGCCGACGUCCUAGAGUUUGAUUGGGCUUGCGUGGAGGCCCCAGAGGAGAAGGAAAUCCACCGGCCGUGCCCGCUUGUCCAGAUUGUUGCUUGGAUUCCUGCAAGAGAGGAAGGGAGUGCGAGGAAGCAGAGCGGCGGUCGCGGAUAAUUCCCUCUUUCGCUUCAUCUGGCGGCAUCUUAUCGUGGCCUGCUGAACACCGUGCCUGCAGAGGGGUUUUGACGAGAGAUUUUCCAGUGUAGGGUUCUGCAGAUUACAACCAGCCGACAAAGCGGAGACCGAGUGCCACGGUCGGUGGUUGCGACUAUCGACGAAUCGCCAGCAGAAUGAGUGUCGUGGGCGUUCACAGACAAAACAGUUGGUCUCGCUCGUUAUGUCGGCGAGACUCUUUCGAGCCAGGGGGUGGUGCUCUUCGAGACGACCGUGGUUGGACUCCUCUGCACGUUGCGGCCCGCAUAGGGGAUUUAGCAGAGGUUCAGCGCCUGCUAGAUGAAGGAGCUGAUGUUAACGCCCCGGCUUGGGGACCAAAGGCGCCAGGAACGACCCCCUUGCACUUGGCAGCCACUGGAGGGCAUCUGCAUGUGAUGGAUGAACUGCUCGAACGCGGUGCAAAUAUCGAGGCCCGCACCAAAGGAGGUUGUGGAUGGACUCCACUUCACAAUGCAGCCAAAGAGAGAAACAAGAGAGCAGUCCGUUUUCUCCUAGAAAACGGUGCGUUUCUUCCGCCAGAGAUGACCGAUGGUCGGUUCAACCCCCCCUUGCAUUACUGCCCGGGCCUUGAAUGGGCUUACAAGCUGAGGGGAAAAAUUCUGGCGAAGCGGUGAUCAAAAGGACAUGCCAUCAAAGUUAUUUAAUUAGAGGCAUUCACUUCUCGUGCACUGUCAAACAUUAUCUCUGAUUAUCAAUUCUAUUCAAAGUCGUAUGGGGAAAGGGUUUAUC